UCUGAAGAUGCCCCGUCUGGCAACCUGUAUCCAUGUAUGGUGCAUGCUUUCUUCUUCUUCCUCCUCCUCUCUCGAAGAUGCAGGAUGGAGGAGAACUCCAUGUCUGGAGUACGGGGGGAGGGGACAGACAGUUCCAGAGCAAAGUCAGUUCCCGAUAAAUCCGAAGAAAGCUGCAGUCUGACUUUCUGCAUAGUUGAAUCGUGUCUAGAGCGGUGCUGAGCAGUCAGGUAGCUGAAGCUGAUAUGGGGACUGGAUAGGACACACCCCGUUCUGUUCUGUAGGGUCUUUUCAAGUCCAUUGGUAAAUGAGGCUUUGGGGAUCUCCAGGGAGGCAGAGUGACCUACGGUAUUGUGUUCACCCAGGAAAACCCAUCCGACUGUGUAGCCAGGUGGCCUUGGGGAUCAGUCAAGUCACAAGGCUGUAGCUAAGGUGCAUGUGCCCCACGGCUGUUGCUCUGAGGGCCCUGCCCUUCACCCAUGGGUCUCUCUCUUCAGCCAGGUGACGUCAUUCCCUGUCUCCAGGCCUGCCCUGUGCUGAGUGUGUGUCCUCUCUUCACAGAUGUAGCUCCUCAGACCAUGGCCGCGGACCUCCACACUUACCACAAGGGCUUGCAUCUGCCUCUCCUCAGCAGCCGCCUAGCACAAAGCCCUCACCAGCAGGAUGUCCCUGAUCUUGAGAGACCAUUUAAAAGAGCCCAAAGAAAGAAACACAGGGACAGUCGUGCCCAGGUGGAGGACGCGGAGAAGGCAGCGCAGCAGAUCUUGCCGGAACAGCCACAGCCCGGAGCCCCGCCAGCGUUCCCGCCCAAGGCCUCAGCUCGGUACCCUUCAAGGUCCAACACCUACCUGAUUAUAGGGCUGCAGGAUGAGCUGACCAAACGUGGAAUCCUGAAGAACUCGAGUGACUAUGAGGACUUCUGGAAGCUGGUUCAGGAGGAAGCUCUUGGAGUGGACAUGAAAGAAAAGCUUCAGAAGAUAAAAUUUAAGUGUUCGUAUAUUUCUUUUCCCCCCCCCCUGUACUGGGGAUUUUUUGUUACUUUUAAGCAGAUGGUCCUAGGAAUCAGCAGAGCUGGAGCUGUGGGGAACUGGGUCCGGAGCCUUCUCUCUCGACUUACGGAAUGGAGGAAAAGGUGCCAGCAGCGUGAGUCGGCCCCAAGAUUGCCCCAAGGACAGGGGGAGAGCAAGAUUACGGGUAAGAUGAAGACGGAUUCCCGGGGCAAAAUAUACCUUAGCUGUUUGUACCAGAUGUAUUCCACCUCCCUCGCUAACAUGGAAUUCUCCAGAAGACUGCUGGAGAGAGACGGCCGCUUUGCAGACGUGCACGCCCAGCACAGGGCUGGAAGCCUGCUGGAUUUCAUGGUCCCAAGUAGGCACACGCAGGCAGACGCUCCACCCAAAGAGACGGGGAUGGGGGACCCGCUGGUCCCAGGCCAGGAGCUUCAAGCACCACCUGCUCUCCGAUUUCUCAAGUGCCGGAGCCCAGGAAUUCCACAGAGAAGUUCCCGCUUGAAGACAGGAAGACACCAAGUGACCCUGUGUGGCACGAGCAAGCUUUCAGAUCACAUGAGGGGCACUGCUCCUCCCGGGAUGCCCACAGACCCCAGGCUUACAGCACCCCUGACCCUGGAACACGUGAUCCAGACCCAUCCUGUGCUGGAGGCUAAGACAGCAUGUCGAUACUGGGUGAACUAUGUGGAUGAAGAAUAAGAUUUUUAUACGGUUACUAGAUGAAAAAAUCCAAACAGGAAAUGACAGCUUUCUUUUCCUUUGGUUCAACAUUAUGAUAAGCAGUGAGGUUGACAUCCAGUAAAGAUGUGCGCACCUGAUAUGAGAUACCUGGCAUGGUACUUCAAUCAUUCUCUCAUUAUAAAGGUGAUGUCAUCACGCAGAACCCCGAACCACGAAUUCAGAUGAUGGCCAUGGCCAAGCACAGUCAUCGUCAGCAUGGCUGGGCAGACUUAAAAAUGAGCCUUCAACUGGUGGCUUUUCAGUUCUGCUGGCUCAGGGUCCUUCUGCCUGGUGCUCUCUUUGUAACACCUUAAGUCAAAUAAACCUGCUUUCUUUCUUAAAAA